AUGGCUGUCGCGUUCGUCAGCUCAGCGCGGCAGAGACGUCGGCAAAGAUGGCCGGACCGCUAUGCUGCUUCGAUACGGGGCCAGGAAGACUUGUGCGCGCGCUGCCCAGUCGUGAUGCAAAUGCUGGACGAGGCGGCCCGGUCGCUGUCGGACCUGGAUUCAGCACUCGUUCGCAGGGCUCCUCCCUACAGCUUUCUCGCGCUGCGACGGGGGAGGUGGAAAAGGCAGCCCCAGCCCGGGCCAGGGAAGUACGACCUGAUCCUGGAUGCCGGAGAGCUGGUUGCCAACGGAUUUGUCAUGCAGAUGUCCGCAUAUCGCUGGGACGCCCUUGGCUGCGUCGAGGCCCUGCUGCGACUUCUUGGCAGCACUCUUGCGUCCCUUUGCCCCGGCGGCAGCAUGACCGCCAUAGUGUCGGCAGAGCCAAGCGACUACCUGGUCAACUUUUUCCGGGCAUUUGAAGUGGACGUUCGCCUCCUUGGCAGCUCGUCACGUCCGGUGAUCAUCGCGACGGCCAAAGAAGCCAUCACGACAGAGCAGAUUGAGUCGGUCGUACGACGUGAGGUAGCCGAGGAGCGAUCGCACGGCCGUUAUGCCGGCAUUCUUCGGGCUGCCCUUGCAGGAGGGCGCCCUUUGCGCCUGCUGGAUGUUGGUGGUGGGGAUGGGCACAUGGCGGAGUGGUGGUCGGAUAUGGGCUGCGAUGUGCAUCUCCUUGAGGUUGAUGCCGAUUGUGCAGCAGCCGCCACCGCACGACUCGGCCAGGAGCGUGUGGCGCUCCACGACGGCGUGUCUGCUUGGCCAUAUCCAGAUAGUUCUUUCGAUGUUUGCCUGCUGCUUUUCGUCCUGCACCACAUCGGUGAGGAAAAAGCAUUGGAACACACUCUUGCAGAAGCAGCCCGGGUGAGUCGUCGAGUCUUCGUCCUCGAAGACCAGCCUCGGCAUUCAGCGUCCGCUGGGCUUGGGCGGCUUGCAGUGGCUGUCACUGCAGAACAUUUCCGCCCCUUCGGCCAAGACCCUGCGCAGUAUAUUCGCAACAUUCGCCCGGACGGCACCUGGCGCAUGCUGUUCCAAGAGGCAGGCGACACAGGGGAGUUCUUGAGCUGGCGAGGCAAGAAUGUCAUGCAGGAGCUUCGGGAAUACGCGCCAAAAAUAGGAGCAGAGCCAUUGAUCCCAUCUAUACGGACCUUUGCGCCCUUACGCCUACACCCUGUUGUGCAGCCUUCAUCAACCAACUCGAUGGUUGCCUCUUUGUGGCCCGCUGUGCAAUAUCGCGUGUUCCGGCAGCAUCCGGCACUUUGCGGCGGUGAGGCAGCAGCGGGUUGCGCGCUACAGGUGCCAAGAACUGCAGACGACUCUGGACGUGUUCGCGUCCAGCCGUCCGAGGAAGAACAUGCGCUGGAACUUGUCGUUGAUGAGACCUUCGGCUUGACCAAAAGGUGUGGUGGGAAAACAGAGAUGACGCUGAUGUGCUGUAUUCUCAGACUGAAGUUCACGAGCAUUUAUUGGACCUCUGACCCACCCAUUGAGAUUCUCGGCUAUGGUCUAAGUCUGAAGCACUUCGGCGCAAUUCGACACCCUGACAACCAAAUCCCACGCGUUGCCAGUAUUGUGGGGGUGGAGAUGGACGAUGAGGUACUGGAUGCAGCCCGACGUCACUUUGGCCUUGACGACUUGGGAGUGGACGUGCGGCGGUGUGAUGCUUUGGAGGUGCUCCAAAAGGACAAGCAGCAGUUUGAUGUCGUUAUCGACGACAUUUUUGUCGGGUAUGCACGGAGUGUGCACAAACCAAGAUGGAUGCUGCAGCGUGGCUUGCGUUUGGCUGCGAAGCAUGUGCGGCCAGGCGGCUUGCUCAUCAGCAACACGCUCGAUGAAGCCGCUGCUUUCCAGACCAUCCUUCGCCGGCAUUUUCCACAGCUCAUCCAUCUUCAAGUCCAAGACUACGACAACACGGUCUUUGUGGCGUCAUCGCUUCCAUUAGAUGCAGACCGAUUGGCAGAUCGAGUGAUGGAGAGCGAGGUCCUUUGCUCCUGUGCCCCGGCCUUGCGAGUGUGCCCGCCAUCUGCAGUUGCCCGUCGACGACAUCGACGAACACAGGAGCCACGGAUGCUUCGCCUGGCCAAAGUUGCCUGGGGAAUUGUGGCAAGUCACGCUGCGAGGAUGCUUCGAGUAGCCAGAAGAAAUGGAG